AUGGCACCGCAUUCCAUCAGGAGGCAGCCAAUCAGCUGUGAGAAUUGCCGCAACCGUAAGAUCAAAUGCACCGGGGGUCGAGCGCCAUGUCAGUCGUGCGUGCGCAGAGGCUUCGGAGCCAGUUGUUAUUUUGUACGCUCUGUCGGUCCAUCACGCGACACUACACUCUACGAAGACCUCGUCGACAGAAUUGCAGGCCUCGAGUCGCUACUGAGGCAGCAUAUCAAUGUGGAUGUUCCUUGCCACAGAAAUACGAUCCUGCAGACUCCAACAGGAGGUUCAAGCGAUGCAUCAACCUCGUCAAAUGUUGGAGCAUCCGAUGAAAGCUUUUCGGUGUCAAGCUUUCCAUUGACUGGCUCCCUUCUUAAGUCUAAGGACGGAUAUGUUCGCUUUAUACCCCAUAUGGAGCACUUCAACUCCGAGGAUAUGGCAGCGUUUAUGCAUACCGAAAAUUCAUCACCGCUCACUAGUUCGACCGGCUUUCCAUUUUCUGCCGAGCCUGCGUUUCCUAGACAGACUCUCCUGGAGCUUUUGCCUUCCAAACGCCAAUGCGACGAGUUGUUGCAAAGAUACCAUGAUGUCUUCUCGCCAUUAUUCCAUAUCCUCCACGAUCCAACCUUGCACAAUGAUUAUGCCGAGUUCUGCAAAUCCCCUGGACAACUUCCACUCGCGUUCCUGGCGUUACUGUUUGUCAUUCUGGCUAUAGCCGUCCUUACUUUGGAAGACAAUGAUCCUUUGCUGGAAGAACUGAGCCGCGAAGGAACGAGCGUAGCCAGGAUCCGCAGCAUUGCUUCCAGAUAUCGCCAAGCUGCUAUAAAAUGCCUGACAGCUGAUCAGUUCAUGCUCCAGCACAAUCUCUACACUGUCAAGGCGCUGUUACUCUUGAUAUAUGCGAAUUCACAUACUGACGGACCGACUUGGCCCUUGCUUGGUCUUACCUUGCACAUUGCCACAGCCAUUGGCUGCCACAUCGACCCAAGGCUCCUAGAUGUCGGCACGGUUGAAGCUGAGGAGCGACGUCGUUGUUGGGCAGGCUUGAAGAUGCUAUACCAGAAUCAGGCCACAUGUAUGGGCAAUCUUUUGCCGAAUCCAGUCUCCGCUGAUGUUGACCUGCCCGCUGAUGUGAACGACGACGAGAUCACCGAGAAUGGUGUACACAAUGUCUGUGGAGGUCCCUAUUCCACCAGGGCGCCAACACAGAUGACCUACAUUCUGUACAAGUUCCGACUUUACUCAGUGGCGACUGCAGUCUGCAAGGCGACACUGAAUCUCUUACCGUUGCAGAGUCCGCUAUUGCGAUCUCUUGACGCCAGAAUUGCUCAAGAACAAAGUGAACAUACCAGGAGGUUUUCCAACUUUCCAGACUUGCCACUCCAUCAAAGAGCAAAUAUGGAAAUCCUCAAAAAUUACUCCAACCAGCUGUACCUGAUCCUGCACCGACCAUACUUGAAAGGCUCCUGCUUACGACUACAUACAUCGGAAGCGGUCGACGUUGCGUUAUUGAAGAAGAGCAGAAGUCAAUGCAAGGAUGCGGCCAUGGCGAUUCUAGACAGCCAUCGACAACUCUAUGAAAAUGCUGGAUUCCGCAGAUACGAUUGGUAUGUCUAUCGGCUGGGUAGCUUCAACGCCUUCUUAGGUGCCUCCACGCUUCUUGCAUUGCUGCUUGAUCCACAACUCUUGCAGCUCACUGACGAAGAGUAUUCGUUCAUCUUGGCUAUGGUCCAAGGCUGCACUCAACGACUUGAAUCAAUGUCGGAGAGAAGCGAAGUAUGCGCGAAAGCGUCACCAAUCCUUCGUCGAAUUCUCGGCAGGGCGGAGCAGCAUGCAAGGACACGUACUCGCCAAGAAGACAAUAUGUUGGAAACAAUGACUACCAGAUUGUCCUUUGGGGUAGUCCAGGAGCCGGAUUUGACGUCCUCUUCCAUCACAUCACUCACUCACGAUCCGACCUCUAGCGUUGACCUUGACGGCUGGACAAUGGACCCAGAACUGAAUGCAAUCAUGAGCCACUUCCCUCCCGAACAGUGGCUUGGUCCCUCAGCUUUCAACUGGGACCGUUGCUGGAGUCCGGCUGUCGUCCAGUCUGGCACAUUGAUACCAAAUUCCUGGGGCUGAAUUAUUCAGAGACAGGAAGAGCUGUGCACAUGUUUCGUUUGUGUAGGAUGGUGAGCCCGUUUCCAGAAAACUUGAAACCGUUUGACAUGGAGUCCAUCGAGGACACAAGUCUCCAGCCCAGCAGGCUCGCGACAGCGGUCACUUCACACCAAACGAGUAGGACCAUACGAUAGGACUGAUGACCUCCACCAUGUCAGCGGCUAACGCUGUGCCGUUGUGGGUGAAGGACUCCAGGAUGACAAUGACAAUGAUAUUCACAUGAGCAUGACCAGCUACACCGGUCAGACACUUCGCUUGCUGAAUUGUCCGAUGAGGCCCAAAGGAGUGGAAAGCGCGGUUGAUUG